UGGGCAUAGCACGUUUUCAUAAACUCGGCGUCUCGUAUCGAAAACAAAUAUUUUUCUAUGAUUUUUUAUAGAUAUCUGUAUCAAAUGCUAGUUAAGAAUUAAUAUUAUUAAACCAGUUUAUUAAAGUUAUUUCCCUACAAAAAUGAAGUUCAAUUAUAAGUUUCAAAAUUUAUUGGGCACAGUAUACAGAAGAGGUGAUAUACUCUUCACUAAUGAUGGUAACUGCGUGAUUAGUCCGGUUGGCAACAAAAUUACUGUUUAUAAUUUAAAAGUGAAUAAAAGUAAUACUCUAGGUGUAGAGAGCCAUUACAAUUACACUGCUAUUGAUGUAUCACCCAAUGGAUCUGUACUCAUUGCUAUCAAUGAAAAGGGUGAAGCUCAAAUGAUCAGUUUGCUGACAUGCACAGUUAUACAUCGGUAUAAGUUUAAACAGCAAGUAAAUGCAGUCAAAUUCAGCCCAGAUGGAAAAUACUUUGCUGCUUGCUGUGAUGACACAGUUUUCAUAAUGACGGCACCAUGUAGCUUCACCGGCGAAUUCCGUUCGUUUGUCAUGAAGCGCGUCUUCAAGAAAGCACACGAUGACGUCACGUGUCUCGACUGGUCUUCUUGCUCCAAACUCCUCGCUGUAGGCUCCAAAGACACCACAACAAAAAUAUACACCUUAGACUACUUAGAUAACCUAAACAUGUACUCACUAUCCGGACAUACGGACAAGAUAGUCGGAGUAUUCUUCGAGAAGAAAAGUUUAGACCUGAUUACUGUAAGCAGGAAUGGCCAAGUCUGCCUGUGGGAGGCUAGUAUAGACAUGGACGAUCUUGUGACGUCAUCGGUACAAAUAUCUCACAAGAAACGCAGGAAAUUGCAGAAGGAUGAUGAUAGUGAAGAUGAUGUGAAUGAGAAAAAUGUUAUUGAGAAAGAUAAAGAAAUUGGUAGUGAUGAUGAAGAACUAAAACCUGAAGUAAAAGUCGAGGACGACAAGAAGCUCACAUACAAAAAGUUGGGGCGACACUACAUCGGUGAUGCGAUACGGAACGCGCAUCAUAAAGUGAAACUGACUGCUGCGGAGUAUCAUAAGAAUACUAAGAUAUUGGUCACAGGAUUUUCCAGUGGCAUAUUCUUCCUCCACGAAAUGCCGGAUGUGAACUUGAUCCACACUCUCAGUAUAUCUGAACAUCGGAUAAGCAGCAUCGCCAUAUCUGCACCCGGCGACUGGAUUGCUUUUGGUUGCCCCAACAUUGGCCAAUUGCUUGUCUGGGAGUGGCAGAGUGAACAAUACGUGAUGAAGCAACAAGGCCACUCCCUGGACAUGACGUGCCUCGCUUACUCCCCAGACGGUUUGUACAUAGUGACUGGAGGUUACGAUGGCAAGGUCAAAGUAUGGAACACGAUGACCGGCUUCUGCAUCGUCACCUUUAGCGAACACCAGUCCACGGUCACCAGCAUUGAAUUCAGUGCCAAUAAGAAGUUCUUUGUUUCCUCUUCGCUUGAUGGGACUGUCCGGUGUUAUGAUCUUACUAGAUACCGCAACUUCCGUACACUGACGUCACCGAGCCUCGUACAAUUCAGCUGCGUGGCUCUGGACUCGAGCAGUGAACUGUGCGCCGCCGGCGGGCAAGACGUCUUCGAGAUCUUCCUCUGGUCUAUCAAGUUUGGCAAGCUUUUGGACGUACUAGGAGGUCAUGAAGCACCAGUGUCCUGCCUAUCGUUCAGUCCUACGCUCGCGUCUUCACGACUCGCCUCCGCCAGUUGGGACAAGACAGUCAGGCUGUGGAACUGUAUAGAGAGCAGCACUGACUGCGAGACUGUGCAGCUCACGUCCGAUGCCCUGCAGGUCGUGUUCAGGCCUGACGGGCAAGAGAUAGCAGUAUCAACAUUAGACGGUAACAUAUCAUUCUUCGACGCAACUACGUGCGAACAAGCGGGCACUAUCGAGGGCAGGGCGGACCUUGGAUCUGGUCGGGCUGAUGCAGACCUGAUCACUCCAGAGAAGAUGCUGAAGACCAAGGCGUUCACAACGAUAUGCUACUCAGCAGACGGUUCAUGCAUCCUCGGAGCUGGCAACUCGAAGCAUGUCUGCCUUUACAGUGUCAAGGAGUCUAUACUUAUUAAGAAGUUCGUCGUCACACAAAAUCGCUCGCUAGAUGCUGUUAAUGACUUCAUAAACCGGCGACUGCUCUCUGAGUUCGGUAAUAUGGCGCUGAUAGAGGAACGUACGGAGUUGGAGGGCGGUGACGUCAGCGUCAGUCUCCCGGGGGUCAAGCAGGGAGACAUGGCCGAUAGGAACGUCAAACCUGAGGUCCGAGUGCAUUGUGUAAGGUUUUCCCCUACGGGAGAGAACUUCGCCGUUGCAGCGACUGAAGGGCUACUUAUAUACAGCCAGAACGCAGGGCUUGACGGAACGUUUAGGCCAUACCGUCUCCAAGAAGGGUCAACCCCGGUCGCAGUAAAACAGUUACUAAAGGAAAAAUCUUGGGGACCCGCCCUCGUGGCCGCUCUGCAGCUCAAUGAACAUGACGUCAUCACGGAGUGCAUUGAGGCCGUGCCCGCGAGCUAUAUCGAGUUGACAGUGACAAACCUAGAACCCGACUACGCGGACCGCCUGCUCCACUCCAUAUCACGGCUGUUAGAGCACAGUCGCCACUUGGAGCACUUAUUGCUAUGGCUGCGCGCGUCCCUCACUGUGCACAAGAGGAAGUUCCCGCCCACAGCGCUGCUGGCGCUUGAGAAAGUGCUUACUGUGCGCUACUCGCAGCUAACUAACAUAUGCGACUUCAACAAGUAUACCAUUCGUUGUAUACGAUCAGUAGGUGAAAUGACGCCGAAGAAUGAAGAUGUGGAUAUGGACAGCGAUAACUCUAGUGGUCGCGGCACUUAUUCAGACUCUGAUUAAAUAAUUAAUAAAAUAAUUAAACACUAUGUACGGUCACCAGCAUUAAUAUUGUCUCUGUGAAUUUUACGGAAUUUUAAGUCCAGUGCCCUGUUUAUCAAAACUUGCAAGACUUGUAUUACAAAAGUUAUUCUUGUAAAAAUUGACAUUAUUACAAGAAUGUGUUUAUAAAAUCUACACAUGUAAAUUACGUGUAACAAGUGUUAUUAUUUAUUUCACAAGAAUAUUCUGCACUUCUAUAAUAUAUGUUAUUCUGUUCAUCAAAACAUCCUUUAUAAGCUAUAACUUGUAGAAAAUCAUUACAAAUGCUGAGCGUCUCCAACAGCUCACAAUAUUGCUCAUUCCGUCUUACAAGUUAACAAGGGGAAAAAUCCGGCAUACGUAUAAUCCACAAACGGUCAAUUUUAAAAGCCCUAUAUUUUUUCUUGAUAAACGUAAUUUACACAGGGCUAUGACGGAUUAACAAUAGUUGAGUACUUUCCUGGGACAUACUUAUUGUACAAACUUACCGCGAUACAGAACUCCAUGCGGCCGAAGUUGGAAGCGGAAAGCUAGUCUGCGAUUAGUCGCAAAAGAAUAAGGUCUUUUUAGUUACUGGUUUGGCUCAGCUUUUUAUACCUUUGAAUAAUGUUCGAGGUAGAGCAGUUGAUUAAAUACACUUGUUUGUUAUGUUGCUUCUGAAUAAGAAAAAUAAAUGUUUUU